UCCCUCCCCAUCGAACAAGAGAAGAAGAUUCGCAGCCGGCUCCGCGAGGAGCGGCACGCCGCGCUCUGCGUCCUCAUGGAUCGCGAACUCCUCACCAUCCAAGCAUUAGCUGCGCAGGAGACCCUCCCGCAAACCCGCCGCCGCUUCCUCUCGAACCUCCUCGCCCCCUCCGACCCGGUAACAGCGUCCUCUAUCCGCGCCGACCAAUUCACGAUUCAGCGCUCCCUCCCCGCCCCAUCGCCUUUGUCUUCCGCGAAUACCGAACCGGUGGUUGUUUCGCGGGGCGUCGUCGAUGUCUGCGAGAGUGAUGAUUCGGGGUGGUAUAGGCCCGAGGCAGAGGCCGCAUCGGGCCCGUCAUCGUCGUCGCCGGCGUCGAGCACGAAGAUGAAGGGGAGAAGCUCCUUGGGAUCGGCUGGGACGCCGGAGAGGACUAAGAAAGGGAGGGUCUCGUCGGGAAGGCAGCAGCAGCAGACGAGGGAGAGAAGGAGGAGGUGGAGUGGUGCUGAGAGGCAGGAUUAUGGUGCCGGGGCUUCGUUUUGA